CGUCCCGGGCCGCCAAUAGGCAGGCGGCGGGCUAUGAAUAUGGGAUGAGGCAGUGGCUGCGGCCUUUGUCAUGCGGGCCCGGGAGGCGGCGGGAAGCGGUGGCGGCGGCGGGGUGCGAGUCGAAAGAUGGCGACCGCCAUGUACCUGGAGCACUACCUGGACAGUAUCGAAAACCUGCCCUGCGAGCUGCAGAGGAACUUCCAGCUGAUGCGGGAGUUGGAUCAGAGAACAGAAGGUGUGUUCAGGUGUUCCGAUAAGAAAGCAGAAAUUGACAGUCUUGCAGCAGAAUACAUUGAAUCAGUGAAGAACAUGUUACCUGUGGAGAGAAUGGAACACCUGAAGAAGAUCCAGAGUGCCUACAGCAAAUGUAAAGAGUACAGUGAUGAUAAAGUCCAGCUGGCCAUGCAGACCUACGAGAUGGUGGAUAAGCAUAUCCGCCGGCUGGAUGCAGACUUGGCCCGGUUUGAAGCAGAUCUGAAAGAUAAACUGGAAGGCAGUGACUUUGAAAGCCCUGGAUCUCGAAGCCUGAAAAAGGGACGAAGUCAGAAAGACAAAAAAGGCUCUCGUGGUCGAGGCAGGCAAACAUCUGAAGAAGAUACACCAAAGAAAAAGAAGCUCAAAGGAGGAUCCGAGUUUGCUGAUACCAUCCUGUCAGUGCAUCCCUCAGAUGUCCUAGACAUGCCAGUGGACCCCAAUGAACCUACCUACUGCUUAUGUCACCAGGUGUCCUAUGGAGAAAUGAUUGGCUGUGACAAUCCUGAUUGCCCAAUUGAAUGGUUCCACUUUGCUUGCGUGGACCUCACCACCAAACCAAAAGGGAAAUGGUUUUGUCCUCGUUGUGUUCAGGAAAGAAAGAAAAAGAAGUAGCGGAAUACAUUUAAUAUUCCUUCCUUCAUGUUGCAAUAUUAUCUUUGAUUAUUUUUUUUAAUCUACCUUCCUUCUUUUUCUGCUAUGAUAUUUAAUUGUCCAGUGGCCAGUUGUAAUUCCAGUCCUUUCAAGUGAAAAUGGCUUUCAGAGGGAGCCCCAAAUCCCUUUGCCACAGGUAUUUUAUUUAUGUUAUACUUGCACAGCACUGAAAUUGGUGUUACUAUGAAGUGCUAGGGCAGCCAGUAGCUGUAGUCUCUAGUUUACUGGAGUCUGUGAAACCACGUAAGGCAUUGCAGGAGAGUGAAAUGCCUCAGUCCAGUGUGGUGCAUCACCAUCACUGAAACAAUUUAGCCUGGAGCUUGAUGUGUUUAGAAGGAAUUUUCUCUGAUGUAGCCUGCAUGAAAGAAAGUAGGUUUCACUGUUUAGGUGUGAAGUCUGUCUGGUUUGCAGUUUUGUAGUACAGAAAGAAACAGGAAAGCUGGUUCACUGUUUCCAGUGUCUGUUUCCUCAAAGUUUUGCUGACAUAGGGUUGGGAGAGAGGUGAGAUUAAGUCUUCUCUUUGGGGAAAUUUCUUCUGUCUGCCUUUGCACUGCCUUUAUUUUACUUAAUCUUGCCCUCAUUCACAUGAACCUUAAGCAAACCAUUUGGCUUUUCACCUCCUAGAAAACGUUUGUCUUUUGGGGGAGAAAACCUUUAAAAAGCAAAGGAUUUGUCCUGCAGUUUCUUAGUGACAGUAGUACUGAUAGAGGGUGUUACCUUUCCUGGCUGUUUCCAUUUCUCUGAAGAUCUUUUAAGUACAUUACUGUGAAGAUGAAAUCUAAAGUAUUCUAAUAGAGAUAGAAGGUCGGAUUUGUUCAUAAAAUAGGGUGAAGGCCUG